ACUAAUUUCUAGAAAUCAAAGACAGAAGAGUUAUUAAUUAACUUGUAUUCACAGAGUGGGGUACUUAUACAAAGAACUUUCAGAUUAAGACUCUUAACACUUACAUAUUGAGUACAAGGAUAUUGAAUGUUGAUAGGUUAAUGAGGGUGCAAUAAAACUUUAUGAGUAGGCCAAUAUAUACCUGAGCAAUUUUUCCUGGUCAUUACCAGCCUCACACAACCCUGCUGCAACACAGCAAAUAGAACAGGCUAUGAAAUAAGAUGGCAAAGAAGAAAUUUAGUGGACUAGAAAUCUUUCUGAUUGUCCUGUUUGUCAUAGUUACAAUAAUAGCUAUUGCCCUCGUUGCUAUUUUGGCAACUAAAACACCUGCUGUUGAUGAAGUGAGCCCUACUACUUCAACUCCCGCUGGUUCAGGAAAAUGUCCAGCUGACAUAAAUGACCCCGUCAAUGAGAGAAUAAACUGUAUUCCAGACCAAUUUCCAACACAGGCCAUGUGUGCACAGCGAGGCUGCUGCUGGAAGCCAUGGAAUAACUCUGUUGUUCCUUGGUGCUUCUUCCUAGACAAUCAUGGCUACAAUGUGGCUGAAAGGAAAGCAACAAAUACUGGACUUGAAGUCAGUUUGAAUAGAGUACCUUCUCCUACCCUCUUUGGAAAUGACAUUAACAGUGUACUCCUCACAACUGAAAAUCAGACACCCAAUCGUUUCCGGUUUAAGAUUACUGAUCCAAAUAAUAGAAGAUAUGAAGUUCCUCAUCAGUUUGUACAGGAACAUACUGGACCAGCAGCUUCUGAAGCUUUGUAUGAUGUGCAGGUCACAGAAAAUCCUUUCAGCAUCAAAGUUAUCAGGAAAAGCAACAGCAAAACUCUAUUUGAUACCAGCAUUGGUCCUUUGGUGUACUCUGAUCAAUACUUACAGAUUUCAACCAGACUUCCCAGUGAAUAUAUGUAUGGUAUUGGGGAACAUAUUCAUAAGAGAUUUCGCCAUGAUUUGUAUUGGAAAACAUGGCCCAUCUUUACACGAGAUGAGCUUCCUGGUGAUAAUAAUCAUAAUUUAUAUGGUCAUCAGACAUUCUUUAUGGGUAUUGAGGAUACUUCUGGAAAGUCAUUUGGUGUGUUUUUAAUGAACAGCAAUGCAAUGGAGAUUUUUAUCCAGCCUACUCCAAUAGUAACUUACAGAGUUACUGGCGGCAUUCUGGACUUCUACAUCUUUCUAGGGGACUCACCAGGACAAGUAGUUCAACAGUAUCAAGAGUUCAUUGGACGACCAGCAAUGCCAGCCUAUUGGAGUCUUGGAUUUCAACUGAGUCGCUGGAAUUACCAGUCACUUGAUGUAGUGAAAGAAGUGGUUAGAAGAAACAGGGAGGCUGGCAUACCGUAUGAUACACAAGUGACUGAUAUUGACUACAUGGAAGAUAAGAAAGAUUUUACUUAUGAUGAAGUUACAUUUAAUGGGCUUCCUGACUUUGUUAAAGAUUUGCAUGAUCAUGGACAGAAAUAUGUUAUCAUCUUGGAUCCUGCAAUUGCUACAAGUAAACGUGUCAAUGGAGUAGCAUAUGAAGCCUAUGACAGGGGAAAUGCACAACAUGUGUGGAUAAAUGAAUCGGAUGGAACUACACCACUGAUCGGAGAAGUAUGGCCAGGAUUAACAGUAUUCCCUGAUUUCACUAAUCCCAGCUGCAUAGAUUGGUGGGCAAAUGAAUGCAGUAUUUUCUAUCAAAAAGUGAACUAUGAUGGACUUUGGAUAGAUAUGAAUGAAGUUUCCAGCUUUAUCCAAGGCUCCAGGAACGGGUGCAAGGACAACAAAUUGAAUUAUCCACCUUUUUUGCCUGACAUUUUGGACAAACUUAUAUAUUCCAAAACAAUUUGCAUGGAUGCAGUGCAGUACUGGGGGAAACACUAUGAUGUCCACAGCCUAUAUGGAUAUAGCAUGGCUAUAGCCACAGAGAAAGCCAUACAAAAAGUAUUUCCCAAUAAGAGAAGCUUUAUUCUUACCCGGUCCAAUUUUGCUGGGACUGGCAGGCACGCUUCUCAUUGGUUAGGAGACAAUACUGCCUCGUGGGAACAAAUGGAAUGGUCUAUCACUGGAAUGCUGGAGUAUGGUUUGUUUGGCAUGCCUUUGGUUGGAGCAGAUAUCUGUGGAUUUGUAGCUGAAACCACAGAAGAGCUUUGCAGAAGAUGGAUGCAACUUGGAGCAUUUUAUCCAUUUUCUAGAAAUCAUAACGCUGAGGGAUAUCAGCAUCAAGAUCCUGCAUUUUUUGGACAAGAUUCACUUUUGGUGAAGUCAUCAAAGCACUACUUAACUAUUCGCUAUACCUUACUACCUUUUCUCUAUACCUUGUUUUAUAAAGCUCACGUGUCUGGAGAAACAGUAGCGAGGCCAUUUCUUUUUGAGUUUUAUGAGGAUACAAACAGCUGGAUUGAGGACACUCAGUUUUUAUGGGGCCCUGCACUACUUAUUACUCCUGUUUUAAGACAGGGAGCUGAAUCCGUGAGUGCAUACAUUCCUGAUGCUACUUGGUAUGAUUAUGAAACUGGUGCAAAAAGACCGUGGAGAAAACAACGGGUUGAUAUGUAUCUUCCAGCAGAUAAAAUAGGAUUACAUCUUAGAGGAGGUUACAUUAUCCCCAUUCAGCAACCUAAUGUAACAACAACAGCAAGCCGUAAGAAUCCCCUGGGUCUUAUAAUUGCAUUAGAUGAAAAUAACACAGCAAAAGGAGACCUUUUUUGGGAUGAUGGAGAAACUACGAAUACCAUAGAAAGUGGAAACUAUAUAUUAUAUACAUUUUCAGUUUCUAAUAACAUUUUAGAUAUUACAUGCACACUUUCAUCAUAUCAGGAAGGAACUACAUUAGCAUUUGAAACCAUAAAAAUUCUUGGAUUGACAGAAACAGUUACUGAAGUUACAGUAGCAGAAACUAAUCAGCAAAUGAAUGCACACUAUAAUUUCGUAUAUGAUCCUUCCAACCAGAUUCUCCUAAUUACAGAUCUCAACUUCAACCUUGGAAGAAGUUUUACUGUUAGAUGGAAUCAAGUUUUCUCUGAAAAUGAAAAGUUUAAUUGCUAUCCAGAUGCAGACAUCGUAACUGGAGAAAAAUGCACACAGCGUGGUUGUUUAUGGGAAACGGUCCCUUCUAACUCCAAAGCACCAGAGUGUUACAUACCUACACAAUCUGAUCCUUAUUUAGUUACAUCAAUUCAGUAUUUGCCAACGGGCAUAACAGCUGACCUCCGGCUGAACACACCAAGUGCUAGAGUAACGCUACCUUCGGAACCCAUCUCACCUCUUCGUGUGGAGGUGAAAUAUCACAAAAAUGCUAUGUUACAGUUUAAGAUUUAUGACCCCCAGAAUAAGAGAUAUGAAGUUCCAGUUCCAUUAAACAUUCCAGCUACUCCAACAAGUACUUAUGAAAACAGACUUUACGAUGUUGAAAUCAAGGAGAAACCUUUUGGCAUCCAGAUUCGAAGAAGAAGCAGUGGAAGAGUUAUCUGGGAUUCUCGUCUGCCUGGAUUCACUUUUAAUAACCAGUUCAUCCAGAUAGCUACACGUCUGCCGUCAGAGUACAUAUACGGUUUUGGGGAAGCGGAGCACACGGCAUUCAGGCGGGACAUGAACUGGAACACCUGGGGGAUGUUCACCAGAGACCAGCCCCCUGGGUAUAAACUUAAUUCCUAUGGAUUCCACCCCUAUUAUAUGGCUCUGGAAGAAGAAGGCAAUGCUCAUGGAGUUCUCUUACUCAACAGCAAUGCAAUGGAUGUCACUUUCCAGCCAACUCCUGCUCUAACUUACCGUACAAUUGGAGGAAUACUGGAUUUUUACAUGUUUUUGGGCCCAACUCCCGAAGUUGCCACAAUGCAGUAUCAUGAAGUAAUUGGCCAUCCAGUCAUGCCACCUUACUGGUCUUUAGGAUUCCAAUUAAGUCGUUAUGGAUACAGAAAUACUUCGGAGAUUGAGCAGCUCUAUAGUGAAAUGGUGUCUGCUGAGAUCCCUUAUGAUGUCCAAUACACAGACAUUGAUUACAUGGAAAGGCAACUAGACUUCACAAUUGGUGAAAGAUUUCUUGACCUUCCUAAGUUUGUUGACAAAAUAAGAGGGGAAGGAAUGAGAUACAUUAUUAUUCUGGAUCCAGCAAUUUCAGGAAAUGAAACACAGCCUUACCCUGCAUUUACAAGAGGACAGCAGAAAGAUGUUUUUGUCAAAUGGCCUAACACCAGUGACAUUUGUUGGGCAAAGGUUUGGCCAGACUUACCCAAUGUAACAAUAGAUGAGACUCUCACUGAAGAUGAAGCUGUUGAUGCUUCCAGAGCUCAUGUAGCCUUUCCAGAUUUUUUCAAGAAUUCCACAGCAGAAUGGUGGGCAAGGGAAAUUCUAGAUUUCUACAAUGAAAAAAUGAAAUUUGAUGGCUUGUGGAUUGAUAUGAAUGAACCAUCAAGUUUUGUAAAUGGAACAACUAUUAAUCAGUGCAGAAAUGUAGAGCUCAACUAUCCACCUUAUUUUCCAGAACUUACAAAAAGAACUGAAGGCUUACAUUUCAGAACUAUGUGCAUGGAAACUGAGCAGAUUCUUGGUGAUGGAUCAUCAGUUUUACAUUAUGAUGUUCAUAAUCUGUAUGGAUGGUCACAAGCAAAACCUACUUAUGAUGCAGUACAAAAGGUAACCGGCAAAAGAGGAAUUGUGAUUUCUCGUUCCACGUAUCCUACUGCUGGACGUUGGACAGGACACUGGCUUGGAGACAACUAUGCAAACUGGGAAAAUUUGGACAAGUCAAUCAUUGGUAUGAUGGAAUUUAGUCUCUUUGGACUGUCAUAUACUGGAGCAGACAUCUGUGGUUUCUUCAACAAUUCGGAGUAUCAUCUCUGUUCCCGCUGGACACAACUUGGUGCAUUUUAUCCAUUCUCAAGAAAUCACAACAUUGCCUUCACUAGAAGACAAGAUCCUGCUUCCUGGAAUGAAACUUUUGUUAACAUGACAAAGAAAGUUACAGAGAUCAGAUAUACUUUAUUACCCUAUUUCUAUACACAAAUGCAUGAAAUUCAUGCUCAUGGAGGUACUGUUAUCCGACCUCUUCUGCAUGAGUUUUUUAAUGAUAAGACAACCUGGGAUAUAUUCAAGCAAUUCUUGUGGGGACCAGCCUUUAUGGUUACUCCUGUACUGGAACCUUAUGUAGAAACUGUACGUGGCUAUGUCCCUGAUGCUCUGUGGUUUGACUAUCAUACACGUCAAGAUGUAGGUGUCAGAGGACAAUUUCAUAAUUUUGAUGCUCCACUUGAUACAAUAAACCUACAUAUCCGUGGAGGUUAUAUCCUACCAUGUCAAGAACCUAAUCGAAACACAUUUUACAGUCGAACAAAUUUUAUGAAGCUCAUUGUUGCUGCAGAUGAUAAUCAGAUGGCAAAAGGAUCUCUGUUUUGGGAUGAUGGAGACAGUAUAGACACCUAUGAGAGAGACCUAUAUUUGUUGGUACAAUUUAAUUUAAACAAGACGACUUUGACAAGCACUGUAUUGAAAAGUGGCUACAUAAAUAAGACAGAAACAAGGCUUGGAUAUGUUGAUGUAUGGGGUAUAAGUGCAACAAGUAUCAAUGUGGUUACUUUGCUAUAUAAUGAAAAUACAGUGACAACAAAUUUUAACCAUAUUGCAGCUCAAAAAGUAUUAGAAAUUGAUCUGAAAAAUAAUGAUGUGACUCUAGAUGAACCAAUAGAAAUAAGCUGGUCUUGAAGAUAACCCUCAGCUUGAGUUCUCAAGGGGAAA